AUGAGCACAGCAAACUCCGGCGAUGGAGUGGUUAAAAAGAAACGCACAAAGGUAAGCAAAGCCUGUGAUAACUGUCGGAGGCGUAAAAUCAAGUGCACAGGUGCUCAGCCCUGCUUGAACUGUCAGACUUACAAAUGCGAGUGCACGUAUGGCAAGCUGUCAUCCGCAAGCCUCAGCUCGCAAAAUCCCGCCACCAGCUCACGCACGUUUCCUGCGAAGGCAACGAAGUCGACCGAGUUUUUGCCACAAGAUGGGCUACCGGACCCAUCAUCAAAUUCCUCAAACACGUCCGAUUUUUCAAAUAUCACUCCCACUUCCACGUCGCGAGGGGACACCGCCAAUGGGCUGUAUGAAGACGAUGAAGAUGCUACGCGCCAGUUACAACUAUUGCGAGAGAGCUUGCGAGCUCUAACCAGUGCAUCACAGUCUCCUCGUGUUAUCGAGGCUGUUCAGAAUAUCCGACAACAGAUUCACCACAUCGAGACAAGUUGGCAGCCAGAGCUGCGCGCUGGCUCAAUUUGUGACAUUCCUCGCUCGUGUACAUCUUUGGAGACACAGCUUAUGAUGAAUAAGUACACGGAAAAAGUGUCUUUAACAAAAUAUUCAACUAUACAGCCAUCCCCGUUCGUUUCCAAAGCUAUGAUCGUAAAUCAGCACCCCGUGGUCGACGAAAUGUUUGGUCUCUACAGUCCUGGUUUAUUGAUGUCUUUGAGAGGCAUCGGAGUUUUGUUCAAAAAUUUCUUUGAUCCUGGGGUUAAGAUGGCGCGAGAAUACAAGACAACGUUAUUUCUUAUGUUGAGGUUCUUUGAUGCUUGCGACCACUUUUUGGAGUUGGGAAUGAAGUCGUGGACAAUCCCAGUUGAAAAUUUUUGCUCGCUGAGUGGGUUACCGUUUGAUUCAAAGGAACUGGUCAUUGCGAGGAUCGUCUCUGAGCUUCCUGUGACCCUGAUUGCUAAAACUAAAGAGUUAUACCCACAAUUUGAGCUACCAAAGGACUUGAGGUCUGACAAGGACAUGUUCAAUUGGGUAACGCGAGCAAUGGCUGUGUGGUGUCUAGAAUCAAAGUGCGACGUCUCACAUUGCAUACAGAACAUUAAUGAGAUGGAAAAGCUCAUACGAGUUAAGGAGGUGCUAUCCGUCCUGGCCUUUCAGUACUUGAAUUUGACAAUAUAUAUACCAGGAGGUGAUCUCGAUCAUCUUGAGUCCUUACUUUCAUUGAUAAAGCAUGAGUAUUGGGCUGGAGAGCACCAUGUGUUGUUUCAACUUCGUUCGAUCAUAUGCAGCUAUUCGCAACAUUUAGGACUGCACCGGUGGGAAUAUUAUGUCGGGAUGGAUGAAGAAUUAGCAGAGAGGCGUCGAGAAGUUUGGUGGAGAUGCUACUUCUGGGACAAGUUUUUCUCAGUUUUAGGUGGCAAGCAAGCUGAGAUUCCUGACUAUAGUGUCAGUUGCCUACUGCCCGUAUGCUUUCGGAGACUUGGAAUUUUGGAGUCUGACGAAUUCUUACAAAAAAUUGACACGCUAAGGGAACCGCUGACAGGCAGAGUUUCUGAAAUGAUGUUGUUUUGUUCUGUUUCUCUAGCAAUUGUUGUGGGCGAUUUUUUUAGGAAUGUGCUUUAUAACAAGAAGUACACGAAUUUUCGAAACCAUGCGAAACCCACCUCAAUGAAAGAGGCACUAAUGCGAGAGCUUUGUAAUGACGUUACCAUUUUUGUGCGAAGAUUUGAAAUAAUUGGCUUCCAUGCCAAAACACUGCGUACUCCCUCCAUGAAAUACAUGAAUGAGAAUCAUUUUACACCGCAGGAGAUGGAAGAUGCGAGUCAAGCAGAUCAUACAGUGUUUUUUCUUGAACACGCUAUCUCCGUAUGCCUUGGAGCGGUAGAACACUUGUUCGCUCGUUUCAAGGUUGAAGAAUACCCUCCAGACAUCCAGAGACCCUUGAAAGAUUACCGAGUGCAGAUACACUCAUCUUGGAGGUGCCUAAUCCACGUCAUGGGUACUCAAGACGUUGAGCUGGUGUGGCAAACGAUGGGAUCCGGUUGUAUGCUCUACAUGACCGUACUCACAGACCUCUUUACACCAAGGCCGCAUAGUAGCCAGAUUGCCAUGCAGGACGUAUUGCUCGUAUUACGGGCUUCCCAUAACUUAGACACCCUCUCGUUUCUGGAGGAUUGCUUCCAAGAAGCUCGAAAGUACAGUAGAGCACUACGGCAGCUCGUGAAACAUAGGACUUUUUUCCAGAUUCUUGUAAGAAUAAGCCUGCAACUAUUCAUGCGCACGUCUCAAACAACCGUUGGUGAGUUUUUUGAUCGCCUCAAAAUUACUGACGCUAAUCUAGUAUCAGCAGCGGAACGCGUACUAAGCCUGACCCAUGACAAUUUUAAAGCAUGUUUUGUGACGCAAGAAAAGACGCCAUAUCAUUUGAGUAUAGAGCGCUCAAUUGAACAAGAACAGGACUUGACCCUCCAAAUUUCAAUACCAUCGGAUGCUUCUGGAGAUUAUUCUCAAACCAAGAAUACUAUUUGGCCCUCAGGGGGGGCCAUUACAAAAACCAAAUUGGCUGACGAUUUGCAAGCUAAAGAGUCCGCCUUACCAAUGUCUCCAUCCCUUAACUUUAAUCUAACAUCGCUAGACGACUUCUUGAAUUGUGGUGAAGAUGAUCUGUACAAUAAACUGUGGAGCGAUAUAAACAUUGGCAUACCCGAGUUUCAAUCUCUUCAAAACGCUCAAUGA